AUGGAAUUAAAUUCUAAAAAGCCAUCGCCUUACGCUUCAGAAAUUUUGGACAGUUAUUUAUAUCAUGUUACGGAAUCUGUAUCUUCUCUUAUUUCUGCAUUGACUUUGACGGUCAGAAACGAGGCUAUAGCCGUGAAUUUAUGUCAUAAACUCAACAAACGAGAUAGAGAAUCUAAAAUUCGACAAACUUCUAAUUUUAUUACACAAUCAACCCCUAAAAACUUCCACUCACUAAUUAUCAUUUUUAUGUUUUGUGAUGUUACCGAAUGGAAAUUAAAUUAUAAACUAAGCAAACGAACAACAGCAAAAAGCCAUCGGCAUCAGAAUGGAGCUGUGAUCUCCUACUACUUUUCAUUAUAA